AGCGCGCUGAAUCGCUCCCUUCUGUAUCGAUGAAGUUGCUACAAAGAUGGCGGAUUUCCUGCCGUCCCAGUCCUUUCUACAUGUAUGUUUCCCGAACUGCCUGCUCAGCAGCAACGAGGCAGAACAACUGAGGAAAUCUAAGGAGAUCGACAAGUGCCUAAAUCGGGAUAAAACGUACGUGAAGCGGCUCGUUAAGAUCUUGCUGCUGGGCGCCGGGGAGAGCGGCAAGUCCACUUUCCUCAAACAAAUGCGCAUUAUACACGGGGAGGACUUCGAUCAGCGGGCCAAAGAGGAGUUCCGGGCUACGAUAUACAGCAAUGUAAUCAAAGGAAUCCGGGUUCUGGUUGAUGCCAGAGAGAAACUGCACAUCCCUUGGGGAGAUCCCGCCAACCAGCUUCACGGGGAGUCCAUGAUGUCCUUCGAUACACGCUCCGUCCAGAUGGCCCAGGGCAUGGUGGAGACGAAAGUCUUCUUGCAGUUCCUGCCCUCCAUACGCUCGCUGUGGAGCGACAGCGGCAUCCAGAAUGCCUAUGACAGACGACGAGAGUUUCAGCUGGGUGAAUCUGUGAAAUACUUCUUGGACAAUGUUGGCAAACUAGGACAGACGGACUAUUUGCCUUCACAACAAGACAUCCUCUUAGCUCGCAAGCCUACCAAGGGUAUCCACGAGUACGACUUUGAAAUCAAGAAUGUGCCUUUCAAGAUCGUUGAUGUGGGAGGGCAGCGGUCGGAACGUCGACGAUGGUUUGAGUGCUUUGACAGCGUCACAUCCAUCCUCUUCCUUGUCUCGUCCAGUGAGUUUGACCAGGUGCUGAUGGAGGACCGGCAAACCAACCGGCUCAAGGAAUCCCUCAAUAUCUUUGAGACUAUAGUCAACAAUCGCGUCUUCAGCAAUGUCUCCAUCAUCUUGUUCCUCAACAAGACGGACCUCUUAGAAGAGAAAGUCAAAAUUGUAGCCAUCAAAGACUAUUUCCCUGAGUAUACUGGGGAGCCCCAUAGUCUGCCUGAUGUGCAGAAGUUCCUGGUGGAGUGCUUUCGCAGCAAGCGCCGAGACCAGCAGCAGAAGCCCCUCUACUACCACUUCACCACAGCCAUUAACACAGAGAACAUUCGACUGGUUUUCCGUGAUGUCAAGGACACCAUCUUGCACGACAACCUAAAGCAGCUUAUGUUACAGUGAUGCUUAUUAUCAGAGACUUUUGUUUUUACUCCAUUUAAUUAACUAUAGGGAGGGAAUGUCUGGGGUGAGUGAAUUGAGGAAAGCAGAUGGUCGUCAGCAGUAGUGUUCGAAAAUUUAUAGCGGUGACCAAGAUCAUGAACAUAAGAUGCUAUUUAAAGUUGCCUUCAAUACUGUAAUUCUUUAGGAUACUGUUGAGCUUCCCUCCUCUCUCUAACACCACUGAUGCCAUUUUAAAGUCUGUUUAACUAAUGGAACAGAAAGAGUAUAAUGAUAUCAGAACAGUCCUUGUUUGUCUUACUGAGCCUCUGUUACGGUUUAACUUGAGCUGAACCAGUGCUUUAAGAUCUAUGUUCUGAGCCACUCUGUCCAUACCUGGUUUUAUUUUAGUUUUCUAAUUGCUUGUCCUUGAAUAUUUUUAUUGAUUUCAUUAUACAUACAUGCCUAAAUUAUAUUUCAUUGGUUUACAGUUCAUUGCCUCCAGGAUUUAGUACUUCUGGUGGGUACGCAUCCCACUGAAUGGAGCUCCUGAUGACAUGGGUACCCACUUACAAGCAGACGUGCAUGGAGACCACUUGAUUUCUCAUACUGUAGUUGACUUUACAAGAACUACAGUAUUUGUUUUAAUCUCAGGGCUGAAUGUAGACCACUUUAUUUUUGCUAAAAUGUACAUUUGUGUUUAACAAAAGGUAUUUCCAAAGUGACAAAUUAAGUGUAUUUGUUGAUCAGUGGCCAUUUUAAUAAAUCCUAAGUUUGUGUGGUGCCAACAGAGGCAAUUGGCAUUUUCAAGUUUUGCUAUAUUUGUCUGGAAGGAGUGAAUAUGUCUUUCCCCUUAGCUAAAUCGUUCUUUUAAAUCCCAGAACAACACGUUUGUGUACUUGGUUAAAAAGACCUGCCCAAAGUGACACUUUUUUUGUGCCAUUUACUAAUCAUUUACGCUUCUCUGUGUCAGAUGUGUUCAAAAGGGAUAGAAAUUGUAAAGACUGAUUUUUUUUUUUAUAGUUGUAUAAAGUGUCUUAUGUAAAUGUGCCUACUCAACUCGAUCUUUUUUUUUUUUAACUAAAAGUUGCAUAACCCAUGCUGAUUAUGUAACCUGUUAAUAUAUUCCUUUUUUCCCCAAAAAUUGAUGUUGUCUUAUUGCUGUAUUUAGUCAUUAAUUAGUUUAUCUCAGUGUCAUUCAGAGUCUGAUGUGACCUGAUAUAUAUCGCAGUCCUUUAAAAAGUUGCAUUACAUUUUGCAGACUUGAGAUGCAUACGGUUUUUUUCCCACUUCGGAAAUGUGUGUUAUCAUUGGACUUGCCUGCAUGCUUUGAAGAGUUGCAGCUUAGGUAUUGACUCUGCAUUGAUGUUUUUCCCCGUCCCUUUCAAUGUGAGAGCUGUGAAGAGGGAUGAGUGAUCCUCUUGAUUUUACAGCAAUGCAUAUACACAUAUAUUGAGGGCUGAAAUGUAUGUGCUCAUUGGCUUGGUAUUUGAGUCAAUGACGUGAAUGUUGAUAUGGUUUUUGAAACCUUGAUUUACCUUGUGAAGUUCACCUGACAUUACAAACAAACAAAAAUUUCUGACAGCACCUCUAAAAUAUAUAAUGCUUAUGUGUGUGUACUGACAAGCCUGUUCAGCCUUCCACUACUGGGAUUUAUAGGCGUUUAUAAACACACACAACUAAUAUGAGGCCUGUAUUUUCUUUAAUUUUUUGUGUUAGGGGGAUAUCAUUUGAAGCUUGCAUGUUUAUUAUGAAUACUUUCUCUAUAUGUAGAGGCAAGCAUUCUUUUUGUUUAUUAAAAAAAAACAAGCAGGAAAGUUUGUUUAGGAGCUGUCAGAGAACCUGUGUUAGGGGAAAUGUGGAACUGAAAUUUUGAUCCAUCUUUUUGCUAAAAUGGUUGCUUUUGAACUCCUGAUCACGGAGUGAUACAGAGAUCUGUCCCCUUUUCACUGUUACGGUUGCAUCGUAGCCUUACGGAGUCUGCACAGACGAUUCGAUGAGUACACCUUCAUUUGCUCUCAGCUACAGACAGUUCCUACUCUAACAACCCCUCCCCCGGAUCUGUACUGUGUAAGAUAUUGCCUGUGAUGAUUCGAGUUGCCUUUUUUCCCCCCUUUUUAAAAUGCUGUAGACCCCAAACAGCUGUGUCUGCCAUAAGAGUGACCUGACCUUUUCUGUACAGCAACACUUUUGAUAAAGUGUAGAUUGGGAUGCAUUAGACUAUGGAACCAGGGUAAAAACCAAAAUCAGCUGUACUUCAGAUGGACGCUUCCAAUACACCCUGUGCCUCUGGAAUGACUUUUUGUAUUUACUCAAGAUUCACUUUCUAUGACUCUUAACACUGUAAUAAGCAAACAAAAACCUUUUGUUGUGAAGUGUGUGAUUACUAAUUACUGAUGUCAGUCUGAUGGGGGAACUAGGAUGAAACUUAAGUUAACCUGCAGAUAUUUUCGAUAUGUCUCUCUCUCAUGGACUAAAAUAUUGUCAUAAAAGGAUACUGGAUUUCAGUGUAAUGGAUUCCAGUUAAUCUUAUCCAGUUAAAAUGACUCACUGUAUCAAAGGGCUUCUGCUUUACCAUGCUCACUCUCUCUCCACUCCACCUUCCAGCCUUUCAGAGCCGCUACCUGCAGGCCAUUUCUGUGAGCAGCCUAUGCAGUUAGUGCAUGAAUUGAAGUAUUUUUUACAAAUGUUUCUAAAGUUAAAUUUUUUAACCAUUGUCAUUAAGUGCAAAACAGUGACUUUUCUGAGCUGUAAUUUUGCCACGUCUCCUGCUCCAGCUGUAGUAAAACAUCUGUCCAGUUUGUAGUUUCAUAUCUGGUCCUUCGCCUUAUAUGAUUAUUUUUUAUGGUCUUUGGUAAAGGUUUAUUUUUAAAUCUUAGUGUGCCAAUACGUUCUUGGAAGUCUUAACCUUUUUAUGUCAGAUUCAAGGUUGAAUCGAAUGUGUUCAAUUAAUAUAUUCACCUGUACAAAAUACAAGUAUUUUCACCUUUAUAGGGGUUAGUGUUUUUUGCCGUAUACUGUGCCCUGACAAGGCAAGGUGUAAUAUUGCAUAUACAGGGGAUAUUGUAAACAUUUCAUUGAUUCAGCCUUGAAUGUGGACUUUUGGGGGGAGAGAAGCUGCUCACAAUGUACAAGUUACCUUGCUUGAAGAGCCAAUGUUUGAAAUCCUGAAGCCCUCUGUAAUAAUACUUCCUGUACAGUUGCUGAACUACUCUGCUGUUAUGCUCCUUUCAUUCUUUCAAUAAAAAUAAAACACUCUGAAGUUG